UCAACUCGAACCUGGUCUCCCCUCCAAUCUCAUUUCAAAUCCGCCCUCCCAAACGGAUCUCACAGAGAGAGAACGAGAGAGAGAGAGAGAGACCAUGAACAAAGCAGCGAUGCUUGGCAGCAGGAAAAACUCUCUUCCAGCAGCAGAAACACCUCACCCAAAGACCCAAACGAAGAAAAAAGCAAACCCCAGAAAUCCAUUGAAGGAACUCAACACCACCUCUUCUUCUUCUUCUUCCACCUCCAUUGAAGCCCCAAGGGGCUGUUUCAGGUUCCUUCUCUCUUCAAAUUCCUCUUCCAAAACUACCCUCCCCAGAUCCAAAUCCCUCACCAAAACUCCCAAAUCAGCCCCAAAUGCGACUCAAAAAGCUGCUUCGAACCCCAGACUCAAACCCCCCCAGAAAAAUCCCACGAAACCCAGAUCACAGAUUCCGAAGAAACCGAGAAGCUCGUAUCUCCUUCACUGGCAAAAUGGUAAGAAAUCUGGUUCCCGAGGGCAAUCCUCAGCAGAGAAUGAUGCAGGUAAGCUUCCCCAACCGAGUUUUGCUGCGGUUUUGGAUGAGAAUGGCACUCCUGUAAAUAAGUUGGCAUCUGGUUCUUGUUCGGAUUCCACUGAUGAUACGAUUUUGGGAAGGCUAUCCGUAAUCCCACCUCCUAAUAUGAGGUUUAGGGCAUUUUUUGACAUGAAUGGCAGUCCUGUUAAUAAACUGGCAUCUGGGUCGUGUUUGGUUUCUACCCCUAGCAAGGCCUUGGAAGAGCACUCUACAACACCUCCUCUGCUGGCCUCUAUAUCUCCAAAAAUCGAUACUGUUAAGCCUGCAACGCCUCCUCUGCUGGUCUCUAUAUCUCCAAAAAUUGAUAACAUUAAGCCUUCUGAGCUGAGCUUUCGGCCAGUUUUACAUAUCAGUGGCACUCCUCUGAAUAAACUGGCAUCUGGGUCUUGUUUUGUUUCUACCCCUGACAAGGUCAUGCAAGGGCAUCACUCCACAAUGGCACUGCCCGACAUGAGUUUCAGGACAGUGAAUAGCACUCCUGUAAAUAAACCGGCAUCUGGGUCUUGUUUAGUUUCUACCCCGGACAAAGCCUCGGAAGAGAACUCCACAAUCACACCCCCAGUUCAGGCCUCGAUAUCCCCAGAAAUCCAAUGUGGGUCUUCUUUGGUUUCGACUCCCUCAUGUUUUGCUGCGGGCCAUGUUAUUGUCGGUGUCUCUGACAGGAGGAAAUGCAGGCCAAGAGGACUCUUGACCGUCGGGGAAGAGGUUGAGAUUCUGGGGUUUUGUGAUAACAGGGCGUCAUUGAUCCCUGUGCCUGCUGAGGCAUCCAUGCAUUGGCACUUGUCACCUUCUGAGUCUGCAAAAAAGGGCGUGAUUCAUAAUGGGUCGCCUGAGCUUGAAGGGUUGGUGGGCCCCACUGCAUUGGUUGAUGUGGGGUUUUCAGAUGGUGGCAGCAGCGUUAGGCUGUCUAUGGUUGCUUCCCCUGCUGAGGCUUCUAUGAAUUGGAAGUUGGCUCCUUGUGGGGGUGAAAGGAAGGGUGUCAAUCAGAAUGGUUUACCUGAAUUUGAAGGAUCUGUGGGGCCCACUGUAUUGGGAGAGGAGGGUCACCUGGGGUCCUCUGAUGGCUGUAGUAGUGUUAGGGUGUCUAUGGUUCGCCCCCCUGCUGAAGCUUCUAUAAAUUGGUUGUUGUCUCCUUGCGACGCUACAAAGAAGGAUGUUCUUGAAAAGGGGCCACUUGAAUUUGAAGGAUUGGUGGGACCUGCUAGACUUGUUUCAGAAGCUUCGCGUUCAUCUGGUCAUGAGUUUUGUGGUUCUUCAAUCACUAAUGCUGCUAGUCCUUGUCCACCAAUUGUAGAAGGUCAAGCAACUUCAUAUGGACAUAAAGUUCUUGUGCCCCAGGAAGAGAUAGGAUAUCGAUAUGAUCAAAUGAUAGAGAAUUCUCCUUUUUCUGGGGACUCCUGGGCCAGUCACAAUGUCAUUUGUACACCAGUUUCAGAUUCGAGUUCAGGAAGACAGGUGGGGUUUUCUUGGUCGAAAUUGGAGGAUCUUUCUGACUGUCGGUUUGAACUUAAUUCAAUGGCAGAGAUCCUUGAAACCAUGAGCUUGUCUCCAAAGGGGCAGGUUGAACCUUGUGACCAGACUGGUGUGUUGCCUUCGCGUGGUCUGAAUUUUCAGCUAUCAUGUCCAGUAACGCCUUCCAAUUCCAUUGAUCGAGCCCAGCUACUAAAGCCUUUGAACGAUCAAAAAUUUGGAAGAGAAGAAUUUUGCAGAUGGGAGGGAGGGGCGUCCAGUUCAAAAUUUGAGAAUACUUCUCAAAUGAGGAUAUCAUGGAGGGAAGGACUAGUUAGUAGGAUUUUUGAGAUGGAUGAAUUGGAUUGCUGUCAAUGGCUUUCAGAAGAAGAGGAAGAUGAUGAUUAUUGCAAGAAUGAUCAGUUUAAUUCUGAUUUUGGUCUUGAAUUCGAUCAAAAUGCAAGUAAUUCUGCAUCAACUGAUCAAAAUGAUCAGAGGUUAACCAAUGGCUUUGGAUCUACGGAAUUUGUGUAUGAUGUACAAGAUGAUGAGAAAACUGAAGUGAAGCUUCCUCCUCCUGAACCCAUUUCAUGUGCAGAAUCCAUAAGCACAGAUGGAGGUGGACUGGUUGCAUCAGGUGCUGGAUUCUCACACUAGUCCAAUUGGGGCCUACGACACUCCUCUAAAGUGGUGGCUUUCACUUGGCUUGUGGGCCAGAACUAGAUCCUGACCGUCAACAACUUGCGCAAGAGUGCUAUGGUGCUUCCAAAUAUCCAUCUCCUGUCUCAAAGAUGCAGAAGCGGUGGAUCAUUUUAUUUAUCCGCUGCCUUUUCGUGAGAGAAAUCUGGAGCAGUGUCCUCUCGGCCUUUUAUACUUCGUGGGUGAUGCCAAAUUCUAUUGAAAUGCUGCUUCAAUUCUAGCUCAUGAGUGGGGGGAAGGACAAGAGGUCCAGAUGGAGAGGAGUGCUUCUAGCUGUUCUCUAGUCCUUGCGGGGCAGGAGGAAUGGUCAGAACAAGAAAUUUUCGUCGACUGGGGUUAUUAGUAGGAUGAAUCUUUCUAUCAGGGAUUGGGUGCCUCAAUUGGCU